GUUGGGCGACUGCUUGAGUCUUUUUUCGGGCGAAAACGAUUUUUUUUACGCCUGCAUUCAUCGGCGUCAAGUCCGACAGCGCUGCAUAGAGGCUAGAGGUGCAAAAAAAAACAUGAAGUCAAGAUUUUCCGCCACUCUGCCGUCGCUUUCGGACAACCGACCGACGAAGUUUCUGUUGCGCUCCGUGUUGUAUCUUCUGUAUCAGCUGCAGUUUCUGUUUGCCAUCCCCUUCUGGUCGGCGCAGGAACGCUUCGUCACCGAAUCCGAGUACCACGAUCUGGUCGGGUUUCAGGACCAAAAUGCCACCGAGCAUCUGCUAUGCUGUGGUAAUAAAGGCACUGAAUCUUCGUAAACACCGACUCGGCAUCAACAUCACAAUGGAUUUUUUGCAUUACAAAAAGAUAAAAGAAUACUGUCGCCUGUUUUUUGCCUCAGUGUAGUAAGGAUGCAAUGACACCACGAGGUCGCCUGGCUUCAAAUUAUUUGGCAAGUGAUUUAUUGUACGAAGUAAGAACGAUCUAUCAACACGUUUUUGCCACCUGCAUAUCUCUCCUUUCGCGACGUUUUCUUCGUCAUUUCCACCUGGUACAGUGAGUACGAGCACGCGAAGCUGGCGAAGCACGCGUGGCUGCAGAACCUGUGGCAGGUGGCCUUCAUCACGGACAAGAAGAAUGACCUGUUCCCGAUUCACCAGCAGGAUGACUUCCCGCCGGAGGAGUACCCGACCAUUUACGAGGGGAAGUUUGUGUUGUGGAUGCGGAACACGGAGCUACCGGAGGGGGUCAAGUGGGUGGUGGUUCUCCCCACCGUCGACGCCUUCAUCCACCUGGGGCACUUGUACUACUUCCUGAAAACGCACACGCCGAAGCUUCGGAACGAAAAGACUGUACUAGAAAACGGGCAAUCUUCGGAGGACGAGGCGGAGCACCAGCGGGCCGUGAUGUUCGCCUCGUUUGCGCCGAACACGAAAGUGUUCGACUACGACCUGCUUCCCUGCGGCCCCGUGAUUUUGAACCGCGUCGGCUGGGACCGCAUGGUGGGCGAGAUCACCAAGCGAGAGUGCCCCUUCGUGGAGUCCAACGCGUUGUCGCUUGGCUUCUGCGCCAGCACGCAGGGGGUCACCACCGUUUUCACGGAGGCGCUGAGCUGCAACCCGCCGAGCGGGUGGACCAACGGGCUGGACCUGGUCGGCUUUCUCGGCCUGUCGCAGAUGCGGGCGGAAUUCGACAAAAGGCAAAUGCAGGUGGUAGAUGAGGGAUUCCCGAACGCCUGCAACCAUGGUGUGGGAAUUCCCAAGAGAGGACAAAGUUUACCUGAAGCUGAAGAGCAACAACAAGAGUCCGCACCAACAGAAGGAGCCGAAGACCAGUUGGAACAAGCAGCUGCCCGUGCGAUGAUCCAGCCCAGGCAAUAUUUCCAGCCGUCCACCGUGCCAAAUUUGCGGUCGCUGGUGGAGUCGUUUUGCUUCCAAGGCGCGCGGAGAACGUCCGCGGUCGGGAGGAGCUUACUGAGUGGGAUGAUGAUGGAGGAGCAUCCUGACAACGAUAGAAGUCCCGACGAAGAUAUUGUCGAGGAGAACUGGGAUUUCAGUUCGGACGACCCCGAGAAGCUGCUGAACCAGUUCGCCAACCGCGGUCCGCAGCUGCAGAUAGCGCACGACAAGAAGAGUGCUCCUGUUAGAGGUCUUGAUAGACCACCAGACGCAACCGACCCCGCAAUUCUCGCAAGCCACGAGUACGAAAUUCUGAAAGAAAACGGCGACCUCGUCCUCUCCGACGCGAACUCGGAGGGGGCGCUGGCGGAGGUCCUGUUGGCGGACGUGACGGAAAGGAGGAGUAAGAAGUACAAAAAGCCGCUGCGAGACCUGACGGCCGAUCUGCCCUGGGUCUUCUGGGUGCAGGAGGGGUUGCGGUUUAUGUACGUGAACCAGGAGGAGAUCCGGUAUUUCAUCCGGCAAUUCCAGGCCAACUACGACACGAGGUUCGCGAAGCUCGUCGUCGGAUCAGUCACCGAAGACAACCAUAUACUGGCCCUGCACGGACUGCUGCUUUCCCCGAAGGCGGUUGAUCUGGUGGUGACCCAGUCACUGCAGGCACUGCUGCUGGACCCGCAAGCGGUCAUUGUCCACUCCUCCAAGUUCGUCGCGAACGACCACCCAACGGUCAGUUUCUUGCCCAAGACCAUCUACGGCACGAUCGCGACGCACGCCGGCGUACGAGGGUGAAAAUAUUGUUUGUUUCCCUUGUUCCUCUGAUUUGCAGCGCUUGAUUACCAGCUGAAUAGAAACGCCAGCGGGAAUUGCGGCUUUUGCAUGACAAGGUCCAUUUUUACGCGGCGCAGAGUGUACGUAGUUCUACUGUUUCGACGGCUUCGAAGAUUCGGCAUUUUGCAUGGGACGCACAAUGGGGACGAGGGAAAGGUGUUCACUCUCAUACUGCGUUUUCGCCGUACGGAAGCUGAAAAAGGGUCUGGUGCAUGACCUGGAAAUGAAGGAGCGCGAGCACACGCUCUGGUUCCGCGAAACCGAGUAUGAGUGGCGGUUCGGCUUUGCAUCCAGCGAGAAAAACCUCACGCAGUACUUCGACCGCCGGACCACGGUAAUAGAAAAAGAGGACACUGGUUCGUCUUCUGCCACAAGGGAUGAAACGUCACGCACGUCGGAUCAUGAAUCAUCACCCGAAAUGAUAAAUCACUCGGAGCAGCAAGGUCUUGCCGAUUCUGAUUCUUUCCCUCGCGAAGCGCUGUUCACCGAGGAUGGGGGUCCGGCUCCGAUCAAGGUAUCUAGCAACAGCACAACCGGGAUUUUCUACAUCCACGGCCAGAAUCACAUCGGCAUCACCAAAUCCGGCGCGGCGGGCAUGCGAGAGUUCCGGAAGCACCAAGUGCUGUUUCGGUCCGCCAUUGGGUACCCCAUACAGCUGUCCAACUCUACCACUGUGAUCUGCGAUAAGACCACUAUCGCAGAAGACAUCACGCAGCUGGAGGUGGAGGAAAUAUGACGUAUAGUUCGGUUCGCUUUAUUCUCACUUGGCGUGGUGUUGCGCGUCGCUGUGGCAUUUGCACAUUGUGCCACUUGGUCAAGUCACUGGUGCUGGUCUAGCCAUCAAAGGAUCGCAGAAAUGGUGACUUGUAUUUGCCGUGGGGGCUCUGUCUGAGAAGACGAAA